AUGUUCACAGGGAUCGUGGAACUCAUAGGAAACGUUUCAGAAUACAAGGAAUACGAUACUUCCCACAGCGGAGGAGGUGGUGUUUCCAUAACUAUAACAGAUGCAGCACCCAUCUUAGUCGAUUGUCAUAUUGGCGAUUCCAUCGCUAUCAAUGGAAUCUGUUUGACAGUAACAGAGUAUUCAACAGAUAGCUUCAAAGUGGGUAUUUCUCCAGAGACGAUCAAACGAACCAACGUCUCAUCAUGGCAGGCAGGUUCUAAAGUCAACCUCGAAAGGGCUGUUGGCCAAGAUGUGAGAUUUGGAGGCCAUUACGUCCAGGGCCACGUCGAUGGUGUUGCAGAAAUAGUGAGCCGGAUGCCAGAAGGAAACUCGAUUGUAUUCGGGUUCAAACUACGCAACAAGGAGUACGAAAAAUACAUUGUAGAGAAGGGCUUCAUAUGCAUCGAUGGAACUUCAUUGACAAUUACUAAGAUCGACCCUAACGGCACAUUUUACAUUGCUAUGAUCAAGCACACCCAGGAAAAAGUCGUUUUGCCCUUGAAGAGCGUUGGUGAAGAGGUGAACAUCGAGGUGGACCUUACUGGUAAAGUCAUUGAAAAACAAGUUGUUCUUCAGUUGCAGGACCAAAUUGACAACGAACAAUCGCCAUUAGCCAAGCUGCUCGAAAAGCUUAUCGACCGCAAGCUAGGCAGCCCACGCUAA